GCUGCCGGAGUCCCGCCACCCCCGCAUCCCGCGCCCCAUCCGGCCCCCCACGCCCCUCUCCCUCUUCUGCGCCUCUCUGCCCCCCGCCCCAAGCUCCUCGCCCCUCUCCCAGUGUCCCUCUCCACGAUUCCCCGCGUCUCUCCACCCCUCCUCGCGGCUCCCCAGCUCCCUGGGCUCCUUCCCCGUCUCCGCUGGGCCCCCAGCCUCCUCGUCGCGUCACCUGCACCCCUUCCUCUAUCCGCGGCCCCCGCUCCCUCCGCCCCCCCCUUCCCUCUCUCACUUCCCACGCCCCCUCUUCGCUCUGCUCUCUCCUCCCUUUGCUGCCCAGCCACGGCUCCGGAGUUGGGGGAGAGCCCAGGGUUUCGGUUGAUCCGGAGGAGGCGUGAAUUGCGCGGGGAUUGACUAAUUUGGGGUGGGGGGCGCGGUGGGCUAUGGAACAGCCCGAGGACAUGGCGUCGCUGAGCGAGUUCGACUCCUUGGCGGGCAGCAUCCCAGCCACCAAGGUGGAGAUCACCGUGUCCUGCAGGAACCUUUUGGACAAAGAUAUGUUCUCCAAGUCUGACCCACUAUGCGUCAUGUAUACUCAAGGGAUGGAGAACAAGCAGUGGCGGGAGUUCGGACGCACCGAAGUCAUCGACAACACACUCAAUCCUGACUUUGUGCGCAAAUUCAUUGUGGAUUACUUCUUUGAGGAGAAGCAGAACCUCCGUUUUGACUUAUAUGACGUUGACUCCAAGAGCCCUGAUUUAUCCAAACACGAUUUUCUGGGCCAGGCCUUCUGUACACUUGGAGAGAUCGUGGGGUCCCCUGGGAGCCGCCUGGAGAAGUCCCUCACGAUAGGAGCAUUCAGCCUGAAUUCCAGGACGGGCAAACCUAUGCCAGCUGUGUCCAAUGGUGGUGUCCCAGGGAAGAAAUGUGGCACCAUCAUCCUGUCUGCUGAGGAGCUCAGCAACUGCAGGGACGUCGCCACAAUGCAGUUCUGUGCCAACAAGCUGGACAAGAAGGAUUUCUUUGGGAAGUCUGACCCCUUCUUGGUAUUCUACAGAAGUAACGAGGAUGGAACGUUCACGAUCUGCCACAAGACCGAGGUCAUGAAGAAUACCCUAAACCCAGUCUGGCAAACGUUCUCCAUUCCCGUGAGAGCCCUGUGCAACGGGGACUAUGAUCGGACCAUCAAGGUGGAGGUAUACGACUGGGAUCGAGACGGCAGCCAUGACUUCAUUGGGGAGUUUACCACCAGCUACCGGGAGCUGGCCCGCGGGCAGAGCCAAUUCAACAUCUAUGAGGUAGUAAACCCAAAAAAGAAAAUGAAGAAAAAGAAAUACGUGAAUUCUGGCACGGUCACGCUGCUUUCCUUUGCUGUGGAGUCAGAGUGCACAUUUCUUGACUAUAUCAAAGGAGGGACCCAGAUCAACUUCACAGUGGCCAUUGAUUUCACGGCCUCCAAUGGGAACCCCUCGCAGUCCACGUCCCUGCACUACAUGAGCCCCUACCAGCUGAACGCCUAUGCACUGGCGCUGACUGCCGUCGGGGAGAUCAUCCAGCACUAUGACAGUGACAAGAUGUUCCCUGCCCUCGGCUUUGGGGCCAAACUGCCCCCUGACGGCAGGGUGUCCCACGAGUUCCCGCUGAACGGCAACCAGGAGAACCCCUCGUGCUGCGGCAUCGAUGGCAUCCUGGAGGCCUACCACCACAGCCUGCGCACUGUGCAGCUCUACGGCCCCACCAACUUCGCCCCCGUGGUCACCCAUGUGGCCAGGAACGCGGCCACAGUGCAGGACGGCUCCCAGUACUCGGUGCUGCUCAUCAUCACGGAUGGGGUCAUCUCGGACAUGGCGCAGACCAAGGAGGCUAUCGUCAACGCUGCCAAACUCCCCAUGUCCAUCAUCAUCAUCGGCGUGGGCCAGGCGGAGUUCGACGCCAUGGUGGAGCUGGAUGGUGAUGACGUGCGGAUCUCCUCCCGAGGAAAGCUGGCCGAACGGGACAUUGUCCAGUUCGUGCCCUUCAGGGACUACGUGGACCGCACAGGCAACCACGUGCUGAGCAUGGCGCGCCUGGCCCGGGACGUGCUGGCCGAGAUCCCGGACCAGCUGGUGUCUUACAUGAAGGCGCAGGGCAUCCGCCCUCGCUCCCCACCCAUGGCCCCAGCGCACUCGGCCCCCGAGUCCCCGGCCCGCACGCCCCCUGCUUCCCCUCUGCACACGCACAUCUGAAGCCUGGUCUGCUCAGAUGGCUGGGGUUUAGUCCAGUAGAAAGGAAGGCAGGGUGCCCAGACCCCCUACAGUCCACCCAGCCCAGCCUUUGGAACACCUGUGCCUGGGAAGCUGGCCAGGGGCAGGGCUUCUGAAGACUUCUCCCUAUAUGGCCCAAACACCCAGUUUGGGGGUACAGGUGGUAGAGGUGGGGAUCUGGGCCCCUUCUCGUCUCUUCUUUCCCUGACAUCUGGUUCUGGACCAGCCAGGAAGAUGUUAAUCAGGACGAUGGGGGUCCCCCUCAGCCCACCUGGGUAAUCCCAUCUGGUAUAUCACCCAGAAGCCUGGGCUGGGCCUCCCACCUCCAGGCCUCUUCUCUCUGCCUUCCUCCUGUGGUGUCUACUCCUACACCUGGCCCCUGACCCCCACCCCAGUAUCUCUCCUGUUCCUAUUUCCAAUGAACCCCAUGAGGCUGCUGAGUUUACAGGUACCCGAACAUGUGAACCCUCACUGGAACCCUUGCAUGCAGUGGGAGUCCUGCAGACCCAUGAAGGGGAGGCUGUGAUGGUGGAUGUAGGUCACACAGUGGACAAGGGAUGGAGGUUUUUCAGGCACGGGGUUCUUUCAGGUACCUCUCAAGCCCGGUAUGACGCUGGUUCUAGACACAAAGAUCCGCAGGCCUCUCCCUGAUCUGGGCUCACAGGCAGUCGGCUCCUGACUUCAGACGUCCCCUUUUCUCCCAGAGGCAUCCCAGGGUCCCUGGUGCCCACUCCUCUGCUGCCCACCUAGAGGCCUGGGCAAAAAGCAGCCCAGCCCCAGCACUCCCACACUGCCUGUCUACCCCAUGGGGACAGAGGAUGCGAGUCCUGCCUCUAGCCCCUGCCUGCUGUGGGAACCCAAGCGAGGCCCGUCUACCUUUACGGUCUCAGUUUCCACAUCUGUAAGGCAAGAGGAUUGAUCAGACAAGCCUGGGUUAAUCUUCAACUCUGACGCCCUGAGAGUCCAUUUUCCCACACCCGGCUUGCCCCAUCCCCCUCCUUGCCAGUGCAACCCCUUAAGGCCGUCUUGGCUCUAGGGUCACACUGUUCCAUCACAUCACAUAAACCCACCCUGGUCCUUCAGCCUUGGGCUCUGGCGUCUGCACCCAAGCCCCUGCCUCUGCUGUGGGAAAGGCAAGAAAGAUGAUCUCACCCCUGGGUCCACCCAGCUGCCCGGCCUUUUCCCACAUGCGGAGCAGGUCAUGCAUGCCAGUCUCUCCUGCCGCAUGGGGCUCCUCAGCCCACUGAACCUCCCGUGCCUGGGUGGAGACCAGGCCCCACCCUGUCUGCUGCCAGACACUGCUUCCCUUCCCGUCAUGCAUGAUGGUGGUGUUUCUACACUGUCUGGUCCUGUGCCCGUCUCUGAGACAGUCUCUGUGUGGCAUUUGCCUUAAACUGAAGUAAAUUUGGUUCUUUUACUAAA